UGUCAGUUGUCGUUAUUUACUGGUCUGUGGUUGACAAUGUUUAUGAUAUCAAUUUAUAUAGUAAUUUUAUGAUAUAAUUUAAAAGAAAAGUUCAUCAUGGCUAACAUAAAGAUUCCGCCAUUACUUUUUAUAUUAACCACUUUCUUAGUCCAAAACUGCUUAUGUGAAUUUACGACAGAAGAUUGUGCUUCCCUUGGCUUUAGCAAAGCAAACCUCCUCUGUUCUUCCUGUGACCAAUUAAAAGAUUUUAGUCUAGACCAGCUAGUGGACCAUUGCAAAGAAUGUUGUCAUAAUGAUGACUCAGCGCCGAAGGAAAAGAAGUACGCCCGGGCGAUUCUAGAAGUUUGUACGUGUAAAUUUCCGGCGUAUCCACAAAUACAAGCAUUUGUGAAAAGCGACAAACCAGCCAAGUUUCCCAACCUACAAAUCAAAUAUCUGCGCGGUUUAGACCCGAUUAUUAAGCUUUUGGAUAAGGAUGGAAUUGUGAGAGAGACAGUGGCAAUUGAAAAAUGGAACACUGAUUCAGUUGAAGAAUUUUUGAAGGCACAUCUUGUAAAAGAAGAAGAUGAUGAUCGCGGUUUUUUGAAAACCAAUCUUAUAUAAUAAACCAAUUUGUCAAAUAAAUUAUAUUGCAUGAUAAGUACUGGGAUGUGAAUUUCUGAGUGCAAUUUAAUAAAACAAUCAUGAAUAAAAAUGUUCAAAAGGU